AGACCUUUAAUGUUCAGUGUGGAGUGUUGACAUCAGUAAACGGUACAUUGAAAUUGGUGAUAGUUGUGCAAUAACUAAAAUAGUGGCAAACAGAACUGUUGGCGAAACGUACUUUUGAUCUGACCGGCACCAAGUUGAAGUUCCUGUGGAUUAGCGAUAUACUUUUUAUUGAUAGGUCUCCUAGGAAAGAAAAUGAAUCGAAUAUUUGGGCGCGGAAAACCACAACAGCCUCCUCCUAACAUGUCCGACAUGAUAUUAAAGGUGGAUGAAAGAGGAGACAAUAUUGAGAAAAAAAUCAGUAAAUUAGACAUUGAGUUGAAGAAAUAUAAAGAUCAAAUGGGCAAAAUGCGAGAAGGCCCAGCCAAAAAUGCUAUCAAACAAAAAGCUUUAAGAGUGCUAAAGCAGAAAAAAAUGUAUGAACAACAAGCUGGCAAUCUACGUCAGCAGUCAUUUAACAUGGAACAGGCUAACUAUGCUACACAAACUUUAAAAGAUACCCAGUCUACCGUUAAAGCUAUGCAAAUGGGUUUAAAAGAAAUGAAAAAAGAGUUUAAAAAAAUAAAUAUUGACCAAGUAGAGGAUAUCCAAGAUGACAUGGCUGAUAUGCUAGAACAAGCUGAUGAAGUCCAAGAAGCUCUUGGCAGGAGUUAUGGCACUCCUGAUAUUGAUGAAGAUGAGUUGGAGGCAGAAUUGGAAGCUCUUGGUGAUGAAAUGCUUGGAGAUGAAGAUUCGUCCUAUCUUGAUGAUGCGAUCAAGGCACCAUCAGCCCCCGACAGGGAACCAGGCGCUGAAAGCAUUAAUGCGGAUGGCGUAGCAGUCGACGAAUUUGGGUUACCGAAAAUUCCUGCCUCUUAACCUGUUUUGAUGUCUUUAGAACAGUACGUAUGCCGGUUCCGGUGAAUUUCGUUGGCGACUCUAUCUGGAUGGAAGUUGUACUUUAUUACUUAUUACACGUGUAAAACUUG